CCCUCUCACCUGCACAUUUGGUCAGAUUGAGCGCCUCCGCCUUCGCCCCCGCAAACUCCUUUUUCAUUCCAUUGCAGACACAAACUACCACCAUGCCAUCGCCCGCAUUCGAGCAGGUCCCACUCGAGAACUUUGACCGCGUGCUGGGCGCGACAUCGACCGAAGUCUCCUCCGUAGCGCUCGGCGGCCAUGUCCUCUCCUGCAGCGAUGAGUGGUUUGCGCCUGCAUCUGAUCUGCUCAAGGUACCUCCCGCGCAAUCGAUGAAAGGCCAGUUCGGACCUGCCGGUGCGCUCUUCGAUGGUUGGGAGACACGGCGACACAACUCCCAACCGUAUGACUGGGUCAUCCUGCGAUUGGGUCCCAAGGCAGGCGCUUUCAUCAAGGGUUUCGAUGUCGACACGGCCAACUUUAAUGGAAAUGAAGCCCCAGAGGUACAGAUUUACGCUAUCGCGAUACCGCCAGACGAGGAGGCAAAGAGCGAAGCCUUGAAAGAUACAGACCCUCGCUGGGAAUGUGUCCUGCCAAAGACUCCGUGCGGUCCAUCUUCCCGACAUCUUUUUGUCCUCACCUCGCCCCCUGCUACCCACUUUACCCACAUCAAGCUGCACAUGAUCCCCGAUGGCGGUAUCGCACGUUUCCGAGUGUACGGCAACAUUCCACCGCCGCCACUUGGCCUCGGCUUCAGCGAGCAUGCAACUCCGGAAACUGCAGAUGCAGCUUUAAAUGUGGUUGAUCUUGCACAUGUCAUGAAUGGUGGGCGUGUUGUCUACACAUCCGACCAGCACUUUGGCGUCGGUGCGAACCUUCUCUUACCAGGCCGCGGGAAGGACAUGGGAGAUGGAUGGGAGACGAAGCGCUCACGCUCGCCGGGGCACAAGGACUUCGUCGUCAUCAAGCUCGGCGAAGCAGGGCUGUUGAACUAUGCCGAGAUUGACACGGCACACUUCCUCGGCAACUUUCCAGAGAGCGUCGAGCUGCAUGCUUGUCACGUUGGAGAUUCCAUGGAGGAAUGGCCUGUCACUGCGGGUCAAGGGGAAGAAGGGGAGAAGGAGAGCGGGAUCCAGUGGACGCUCAUCGCUCCAAGGGCCAAGAUGGGGCCUGGCAAACAACAUUUUUUACCCCUACAAGCCGUUGAGGGGAAGCCGUACACGCACGUUAAGGUCACCAUGCAUCCGGACGGCGGCAUCAAACGUGUGCGAAUCGUGGGGCGACGCGCAGCGCCGCUUAGCGGGCGUGCCGACCCCCUGCCGCCGAUCCCGUUUCCAGACUCACGGAACAAAGCAUUUCCUCAAGUUCCAGGCGCAUCUGACCUCACCCCUGCGAAGGCUGCGCCGCUCACAACAGACGCCUUUGUCCCAUAUGGCUCUGUGAUCGGCCUUCCUUCCUCCGCAUCCUGCGCAGCCAACAGCAACGUGCUACAAGUCAACCAGGACACUGCGAAAAAGUUUGUCUCACAGGCACCGGUGCUGUCAAGCUAUCAGACUCACGCGAGCGUGCAGGCUGAAACCUCCAUCCAUCUCUACCGUUGCACUCCGUUCUCCUUGCCGUUGGGUGUUAAAGUGCUUGAGCGGCAUCAAUUCACCACGCAGGCGUUUUUUCCCAUGACACCAGCAGCGGCAGCGAGUACAGGUCAGGAAGGUUACUUGGUCAUUGUAGCUCUUAAUGGAAAAGAUGACAAGCCGGACCUGUCGACCCUGACAGCGUUCCACGCGCAGACGACGCAAGGCAUCUCCUACCAUCCCGGUGUCUGGCACCACCCCAUGGUCGCGCUUGGGAGCGCGCCUACGGACUUUGCUUGCGUGGUCAACGAGAGCAAGACAGCACCGGAACUGAACUGUGAUGAGAUCUUAUACGAUGCGCCGGUGGCUUUAUUCACAGUGUAGACGUGGUGCGCAUACAUACAUACACAUCCAAACACACGUAUAUACAUACAUACAAACAUACAAGCAA